AUGAAAAAGAUACUGUGUGGGGGUGUUGUGCAAAACUGCUCUUGUUCUAUGACUAUGGCUAAUGAUCUCGGAUAUUCAACCGCUAUGUCUUCAUCUUUUUCAGCUCUUCAUACAACUGUAGAAGAGAGAUACAGCAAGGAUCCUACUAACUCUUUUUGGGUUUCGUCGGCUCAGGGACCGAUGAAUAACCCCCUGCCUUAUCAGGUGGUCUCUGGUGGCUAUAUGUUUUCGUCUCCCUCUAGAUUCUGCAAUGUUUCAGCUGUCUCAACUCAUGGAAGGAAUUCUCAAACCCAGCCACCAGUUUUCACCAUGCCAAACGACAUAUUGGCUAUGCAAAAUUGUCCUUUGGAAGCACAAUCCCAGCCAGUGAUUGAUCAUCACCCUCCUCAAGAGUUCACAGAUCCACUUGACGAGCUCUUUGAUUUUUCUGACCAUGUUCCUGUUCCGAAUCCACAAGCCGAGAGUAACGGAGUAAGGGUGGUCUCAUCUGUGGAUCUCCAUGAGAAAAGCGACUGGCAAAACUGGGCAGACCAGCUGAUGUCUGUUGACAAUGGUUCGGAGCCAAAUUGGUCUGAGCUUCUCGGAGAUCCAACUUCCCAUAAUCCGAAUUCAGAGAUACCGACACCAUUUUCGGAUGUACCAAGGCAGGAGAUGAAAGCUAACCAGCAGCAGCAGAUGGUUUUAUCAGAGGAGCAGCUUAGUGUGAGAAACUCAUCAUCUACUGCAGCAACAUCUAAACAACGCAUGCGUUGGACACCGGAACUUCAUGAGGCAUUCGUUGAAGCUGUUAACCAGCUCGGUGGCAGUGAACGAGCCACGCCUAAGGCUGUUUUGAAGCUCUUGAAUAAUCCUGGCUUGACAAUUUAUCAUGUCAAAAGCCAUUUGCAGAAAUACAGAACGGCAAGGUAUAAACCAGAGCCUUCAGAAGCUACAGGAGAACCUCUGGAGAAGAAGAUGACAUCUAUCGAAGAUAUCAAAUCUCUUGACAUGAAAACGAGCGUCGAGAUCACGCAAGCUCUAAGGUUACAGAUGGAAGUUCAGAAACGUCUCCAUGAGCAGCUCGAGAUCCAACGGUCGCUGCAGUUACAGAUUGAAAAACAGGGCCGAUACCUACAGAUGAUGUUCGAGAAACAACAAAUGUUACAAGAGAACAAGAGCCCUUCCUCAGAGCCAUCACCAAAGCAAUGCAACGCCACAUAUGGAGAAAUCGAAUUCAGUCUUGAGACACAAACAGGAGACCGAACUGAAUCUGCUUCAGCAUCAAGGAAACGGGCCAGAGAAGAUUAG